GCAGGCCGCUCUGUUGUCAUUUGAAGCAACAGUAACGUGUUUUGACUGGUGAAUUCGCCAACGAAAGGUUUCAAGCAAAGUGGAAUUUUCAACAGAUUUAAUAUGAAUGCAUAGGGACUGAAGUAAACGUACAUUAAUUGUGGGAAUACUACGGCAUAGAUCUCUAAAGCAAGGUAAGACAUUGCAUCAUGUCUCAGAACCAUCCAUAUAGAAGUUCACGGACGGGAUACAGGUCUCAAGAUGACUUCUAUGAAGACCCCGGUUCACUGUACACUGGGCAGAGAGAUGUUUACCAAAGACCCGAAGACCUCCCUCCCCCCCAGAGUUACCAACCUUCCAGCCGUGCCAUAGAGACCAACACAUCCUUGAGACCUGAUGUCCUCAAUAUUCUUGAUAGCUGUGGGCUAGAGCCCAGUGACCUCUCUCUCCUCGCUGAAAUGCCAGAGGACCUCAUCACCGUGGAGACCCUACCUCAUCUGCUGAAGAAGCUGAGGGACAGCAAGACCCCUGGAGCUGCGCCUCCUGCUUCUGCCUCCCAUUUCACCACCAGCGCUCCAGCUCCAUCACCAGCACCUCCGCCAGCCUACGAGAGGAAGCGGCUUUCUACUUCCACAGAGUACCGGCCAGUUCACGCGCCUCCUCAUCCUGCUCCUGCCAGCGCACGCAAUCUCAGAGAGACGUGGCAAGAUCACGGCCAUGACCAAAGGCAUACCAGCGUUUCUGCUCACCAUUCUCGACAAGGGGCCACUUCUAGCUAUGCGGUAGAGUAUGGUCAUUCUAGACAUGAGAAUUUGCAUCAUGGCCAUUCUGCAAGCUACAACGCAGAGCCAAGACAGAGCCGCAUUUCAGCUUCUUCCCGGCGUGACAUUGACUACCGACAGAAGCCAGUGGUCGAUGAUGGUCAGCCACCGUAUCUCCAGAAGAAGGACGUGCGCCACACAUUGCCAUCGAAGAGAGAGGCAUCAGAUUUUCAUGGCAAAACUCCAUCGGUUUUCCCAUACGCCUGCCAGCUCUGCAACAUGGUUGUACUUUCUAACAAGGACUGGAAUCAACACGUAAAUACUGCUCAGCAUGCUGACAGUCAGCUCAAGCUGCUGCAGAGGUAUCCAGCAUGGGACUGCCACAUCAGUUCAGUCAGAAGGGGGGAUGAUGAUCAUCCUCCUACAAGAACAACUGCCCAUGAUCGUGCAAAAACUUCAAGACCACAGAAGAGAUCUGGCCAGUCCAUGGAAGGACCCUCAAAAAAUGAAAAAAGACCCAACAUGAAAAAGGUCAAAGAAAAUCCCAAAAUUGUCGGGAAAGUUAUUUCUGUCAAAUAUUCUGCCAAAAGUAUUGAUGAGGACUAUAUAAGGAGGCUCCUGGGACAGUUUGGGGCUAUCGUCAAAAUUAUAAUGUUCCCAUCAUUGGCAUUUGUGGAAAUGGGCUCCAACGAUCAAGCUGGAGAUAUUGAAAAAUACUUCGCUUCAAAUCCAUUGGAAGUGGAGGGAGGUCAGGUUGUCUUUGCUAUAUCAGAAGCAUUUAAGUUUCUUAAGAGUUCCAAGGUGGUGUGUUUCUCGCCCUUACCUGCUGGAGAAGGACUGACCAGUGAGCUUACAGCUGUCGCAAAACGAUUUGGCCCAGUGAAGAACACCCUGUUUUUACCUUCUCGGGCCUAUGCAGAAAUGACCAAUGCAGCAGACGCAGAAGCCAUGGUAAAUCAUCAUGCCUCCCAACCAUUGAAACUGAAAGGGACUGUUAUUCAAGUGGACUUCUCCUCAGAGUAUGAAACACUAAAGGAUUGUGCUACAAAAUGUAAAUCCCCUGAAAAGCACAUAAGGAAAAGUCACAGCCCUAGGAGAAGUCACAGAUCCAGAAGCCGAUCUCGAAGUCCCAGGAGGAAGUCCAGAGACCGAAAAGACUCAAAGGAGACAACGCGUUCUUCUCAAAGCCGGAAAGAUUCAAAGGAGAGAACACAUUCAUCAUCACACCAUCAAAGCAGCUCCGCUCCAAGAGAGGAGAAGCCCAAAGGGAAAUCUCAAGAUUCUCCCCCAAAGCCAGCUCCUCAGAACGUCCCUGAAGGGAAGGUGGGCACUGACAAGGAGGAGGGCAAAACAAGUGAGGAAGUUAAGGCGCCUGGACCCUUGGAAUUACACGACUCUGAUAGCGACUCAGACCUGGAGGGCGUGGCAGUGAUUGCAGAGGACGACGAAAUGGAGGGCGUGGAAAUUCUCGAUGCAGUGGAUUCUGAUGGGAUCGAGGUGGAGGAGGAGGAUGACGAGCAGGUGGCCUCCAGAGACGGAGACCAAGAUGGAGAGCAGGAAGCGGAGGAGGAGGAGGCCGAAGUCCAGGAGAAGGCUGCAGGCGAGGUGGAGUCUCAUCCUACAGAAGAGGGCUCAAGCAGAGCCAGUCGUCCAGAGAAAUCAGAAGUGUGUGAAGAGGUGACUGACAGUGGGGUGUUGGCAUCCUUUAGCAGUAAGGAGGAAGACGAGGCCCCACACGCUGCAGAGGUAUCCGAAAAAGGCGAGACUCAUCCUCAGUCUGAAAAAGAAGUCAUAGAAGUGACUUCGGCAGGAGAUCAGGAGAAUGAGGAGUUAGAUGAGAGCACAGCUCAGGAUGUGGAAGACACAGCCGGAGACAAGGAGGAGACACCACAAGACGUGGAGGAUGGGUCAGCAGAGAUGGAGCAGGUCGCAGAUGAGGAGGACGAAUUUGAUUUUCCAGAGAGCCUUGAGAACUUGAUUACUUUAGAUGAAAUUGAUGAUGAGGAUUCAUCAGAUGAGCAAGAUGCAAAGAAUUCACAAAGUUCGGUCUUCGAUCAGAGAGUCAUCUGCCUCAGGAAUUUGCCACAGGCAUAUUACACAGAUGAAGAGUUUUGGAAGAUUGGGAAGAGGUAUGGAAAGGUGGCACGCUACUUCCUAAUUCGAAAUCGAUGUGAGGGCUUCAUUGAAAUGGAGAAUGGCGAUGAUGCGAAGAAAGCAGUGAGCGACUUGACACGAAGGAAAUUUGUAUUUCACGGUUACGCCUUGGAGGUCGCACUUUCUUGGAAAUACAAGAAACUGGUCAACGCAUGGGUUCCCGAACCUGAGAAAAAAGACAAGCAGCAGAGCAGUAAAAGAAGUGAGAGCAGAGAGCGGAGCCGGUCACGCUCAAGAUCCAAAUCUAAGUCCCAGUCGAAGCAGUCUCCAGCAGAAUCCAAGGACAAGAAAUCUGAUCAAAACAAGAAGAAUCUAGAGGAUUCUGAAGCUUUGGCGGAGAAGUCCAGUGAGACUUCCAAGAACCAAGAAAUAUGUAGUCCACACAAGGAUUCUUCGCAAACGGCCGGGGAGGAAAGCCAAUCGCCCGUCAGAGAGGAAUCUGUGAGCACUGACAAGACAGCCGCUGACAAAGACGCCACAGUUGGACAACCAAUCAAGGCAAAGCAAGACGAAGACGAUGGUCUUAGCCAGUACCAGCCAAACAAUCCCGUUGGGCAGGAGUUUGUUCGGCCUGUUGUGGGUUACUUCUGUAACCUGUGCAACAUCAUCUAUGCCACCGAAGAGGAGGCCAAAAAUGAACACUGCAGUAGCCCGUCACAUUUCCAGAAGUUUAAGGAGCAUUUGGAAAAGACCAAGACCUGAAAAGGAGUUUGAGUUGAGGAUUUCUUUUUUACUGAUGCAUGUCAUUUUCUAACUUCCAGCUUCAUAAUUGUUGUUCGCAUACCAUGAAGAUUUUGCUAUUUUGUUAAACUGAGCAAAUAAAUUGGCACAUAAUUCUAUGUUGUGCCCUGUUUUUGUUUACAUUACCAUGUCUCAUGAUAACUGCCAUUUGUGAUUAAAGUUUAGAAAGCAGAACUGUUUCUGACUUUACUGUAUUCAUUGUACAUAUGUACUACAGUGUAAACAGUACAUAGGCAUAGACAGUAGCUUUAAUAUAUAACAACCAGAUUUUAAUCGGAAAUGUUAGUAUCCAUAUUUACAUGUAGCAGAACUACUCUCGCUGAGCAGCCCUUGACUUUUGGGUUGAAAUGUUUCCACACAUUGUUCAACACUUCAACAGCAUCUCCAACAACUGAACCACUUUAGGUCACACUACAAAUGAAAUACCCGGGAAUGUCUCCAUAUUUGUUACUGUACAUUAU